UAUUGAUGCACUUGAAGGUUAAUGUACUAAAUUCAGUAUAGGCGUAACUCUCCUGUACACUAUGGUUCCCCCUUCGUUCUCGGAUCUUGGUAAAGAUGCACGGGACUUACUCUUUAAAAAGUUUUAUUUUGGACUGUAUAAUAUUCACUGCACGACAAAGAGAAAUGACAUUGAAUUUAAAGCCAAUAUUAGUGAUGGACCUAAACCAAAUAAGAUGCAUUUCAACCUGCAAGAAAAGUUCUCCUUUCCACAAUAUGGUCUAACUAUGACGAAAAAAUGGUCUUCCAACAAUCUAGUUGAUGGAGAAAUAGUAUUUGAAGACAAAUUAGUCGACGGGUUGAAACAAACUUUUCAAAUUUCUCGCGACCCUUUUCAAAAUUGUUUUCACGCCAAUUUAAUCAAUUCUUUUCGAAACAAGCAUGUGAAUUCUAACGUCGAAAUGUUCUUCAAGUCUGCUAUCCCUGAUUUGUCCCCAUCUUUUGUUUUUAAUUACCAAGGCUAUUUGGUUGGUGCAGAUCUUAAAUUGGAUUGUACAAAUCAAAUUUUACAGAAAGCUAAUUUUUCUGUCGGUUACACAGUACAAGAUUUUAGUUUUCAUGGUUUAAUUACAAAUUGGGGUAAACAAUUUUCAGCCAGCAUCUUUCAACGUAUAACUGAUCGACUGCAUAUAGCAGGUUCAAUUACAUGGAAACGUGUUCCAGAUGAAACUGUUUGGGCUGUUGGAUCACAAUAUAUAUUAGAUAAUCAGAAAAAACAUUCUGUGAAAUUGAGAUUAGAUCAUUUAAAUCAGAUUAGUUUAGCUUUUACAACAUAUUUAUCAAAAAGUCUUCAAUUGACAUUGAGUGGAGUGUUCAAUGGUCCAGAUUUAACAAAAAUGGGUAUUGGUUUAGAAUUGAAUACUUAAAAUCUUUAUGAAUAUAUUAAUUUUUUCUAUAAAUUAAAAUAAACAAUAUAAAACUAUGUAUCAAUUUAAUAGAUUGAAAACAAUUGUGAAUGAAUUAGUUCACUUUCUUUUUGCCCCGGUCUCAUUGUUACAAUCAUUCUUUCAUUAAAUACAAAAGUAUUAGUUAUUUAGAUUGUUAAUGUUGAACAUUUAUUCUCUCAUUUCAUGCAUAGUUAUGUUGCUUUUUUAUUGUUCAACUGUUUUCUUUCCAUCACCACCACUACCACCACUUCCCAACUAUUUAGUUCAUAUACUGACACUACAUUAUCCAAGUGUAUAUGAUCUUUUGUAGGAGGUUAUGGGCAAAGAUGGAUAUUGUCUAGCAGUGGAAUCCAGGACUUGCGUAUCUUCCUAUUUGGAAAUCGUCAGCUGGAUACACCUGCAUUUCAGAGGUGAUGUUCACUCCUAAACUCGAAUCCAGUACCGUUCGCUUCAAACGCCAACCUGCUGUCCACUUAGCUACUAAGUCCUAAAUGGAUAACUCGAUAGUGUCAAUUGCACACUCAUGUUUUACAUCUGCUCUUUACUCGACAGCAUAAUGUGUUUGACAACAAGAAAGUAUGGUCGAAGUGAUUUAGAAGAUAUCACUGCCAAAACAGGAAUAUAUUAUCUUCGAUAAACCGUAUUCGUUUGACCUGAACACAACAUGUACUCCCUUCGUCCUCUCAAAACUGUUCACAUUGAGAACUGUUACUUGACGAUCCAGUCAGCAAUAUUUGUUUGAAUAUCACAUACAAUCAUCACAUCUAUUUGAAUUCUAAUCUAAUAUGCGUUUUCACAUAAGAAAUAUUUUUCUAAAAUUAACAAUAAUGAUGAUAA